CAGUGAAACAUGGAGUAACUCAGCAUUUACGAGUAGCAUAUCACGUAGUGAACGAAGUGAAGGAACAUAUAUUUCAGAUAUCAUAACGCCUUUGCUCCGAUCAAGUCUAGGGGACCUACUUAAUGGUAGUCGAAGAAUGAAUGGGAAAGAAACCGAUAUUAUGGGGCUGUUGAAAUGGGAUAACAAAUUUUUAUGCAGUAAUUCAAAGAGAAUAGAUGACUAUGUGAAAUUAUGGAAAGAGACUUUGGAUGGAGUGAGCUUUCUGGAUGCGUCAUAUAGACCGGAUCUGAGUGGUAUACCAAGAUAUUUUCAUCUUGAUCAUGCUGAAAUUCCAUUAUCACCACACGCAUCAAAUACUAAAGCUCUCAUUAGCUUACUAUUGACCUUAAGAAAUAUUAUGGUCGUCAAUAAGAGUUUACUAAUACAGACAUUAGAACAAGCUAAUAUUCAUCCGCCAAAAAUGUACACCCGAGUCCUACUGUUCCAUCCCCACCUAGAGAUGAACAGAAACAAUCGAGAACUAAGAAG